AGGAUGUGGAUGAGAAACCUCGUAGCUCUUUGCCUGCUUACUCUUGCGGCCUCUGCUGAGGACAAGAAGUUGAGUGGCCAUGCGUUAACACUGGCUGACAACAGCGCAAAUUUGGCCUUUAGCCUCUACCACAACAUGGCAAAGGUGAAGGAGACGGAGAAUAUCCUGAUCUCACCUGUGGUGCUUGCCUCCUCGCUGGGAAUAGUCGCCCUCGGGGGAAAAUCAUCCACCUCCUCACAGGCCAAAACCUUGCUGCAUGCAGACAAACUCAAGGACGAGCAUCUGCACGUGGGCCUCUCUGAGCUGCUCUCAGAGGUGAGCGAUGCCAAAACGCGCAACACCACAUGGAAAAUCAACAACCGCCUCUACGGGCCCAGUUCGGUGGCUUUUGCCGACGACUUUGUGAAAACCAGCAAGAAGCACUACAACUACGAACAUUCAAAAAUAAACUUCCGUGACAAGAGGAGUGCGGUAAACUCCAUCAAUGAGUGGGCAGCUAAGUCGACCGGCGGCAAGCUGCCAGAAAUUACCAAAGAGGUGGUCAACACCGACGGGGCCAUGAUCGUCAAUGCUAUGUUUUUUAAGCCUCACUGGGAUCAGAAGUUCCAUGAAAAGAUGGUGGACAACCGUGGUUUCCUGGUGACCCGCUCUUUCACAGUUUCAGUUCCCAUGAUGCACCGCACAGGUCUUUACGACUUCUAUGAAGAUGUGCAGAACCGUCUCUACAUUCUGGACAUGCCUCUUGGCCAGAAGCAAGCCUCUAUGAUUCUCAUCAUGCCAUACCAUUUGGAACCCCUGGAACGCCUGGAAAAACUGCUAACCAAGACACAGGUGGACACUUGGCUCAGCAAGAUGCAGAAUAGGGCCGUGGCCAUCUCACUGCCCAAAGUCACCAUGGAAGUCAGCCACAACCUGCAGAAACAUCUGGCUGAGCUGGGCCUGACUGAAGCAGUGGACAAGGCCAAGGCAGAUUUGUCCAACAUCUCCGGAAAGAAGGACCUUUACCUCUCUGACUUCUUCCAUGCGUCUGCUCUGGAGUUGACUACAGACGGCAACCCGUUCGACACUAGCAUCUUUGGAACGGACAAGCUGAGGGACCCUAAGCUUUUUUAUGUAGAUCACCCUUUCAUUUUCCUGGUAAAGGACAACAAGACAAAGUCCAUCCUAUACAUUGGCCGUGUGGUUCGACCUAAUGGAGAUAAGAUGCGCGAUGAGCUAUAA